AUGCCCGGUCACGGAUAUGGGAUGCCUUAUCCGGUUAUGAUGGGAGGUUAUGACGACGAUGAUGAUUUGAAAUUAAUUCUACCGAUUCUGCUUCUCAUGAUGGCCGACGGAGGUUUCGGUGGAUAUGGCGGAUAUGGAGGCUACGGCGGAUGUGGCGGAUGCGGAUGCUCAGGCUGCGGGGGAGGCGGAUGUUGCAAUAACAACGCCGGCUCGAAUACUAUUCCCAUACCAUACCCCAUACCCAUCCCUAUGAAUUGCCCCACUCUGAACUAA